UUGAACAGGCGAAAUUGUUUUUAAUAGUAAUUUAUAACUAUUAAAAUGCGAUUUUUCCUUUUGCUUUCGCUGUUAUUAGUAAAAAAAAUAAGGACUGACGAAAACAAAAUUAUUAUUGAUUAUUUUAUAUACAAAAAAGUAAGCAGUGUUGUAGGAUUUCAUUGCAACUGGGAAAAAAAUGCUGUCCAACUUAUAAAAUUAUUCAAUACUUAUGGAAUAACAGCUAUGGUUAUAAACUGGAAUGCAAGUAUAAGUGUGUCUAAACUUUUUAAUAAUUUGCACUGGAAGCUAGGUGGAUUCGUAGACAUGAGAUGUCGUCAGGAAAAUGACAUUAAAUAUCUUUUCAAAGAAGCAUCAAAAGAGGAAUUAUUUAAAAACUUAAAUACUUGGCUUGUAUUAAGUAAAAAUUUAACACAAGCUUUAAAAGUUGUAAAUGAUACAUCUUUUAGUAUUACUACAGACUUUAUGAUUGGCAUAUUGGAUUACAAGAAAAUUCUGUUUUAUGAUGUUUAUAAUCAUUGCAAAUAUCGUGGAGGAAUUUUGAAUGUGAGUUUUGCUGGAAAUUGGAAUAAAAACAUUGGAUUAAAUAUCUCAAUAACAAAAGAGUCAAUUUCAAGAAGAUGGAAUUUUCACGGAAUGAUUUUGAAAAUGACAGGCCUUAUAAAUUAUAGACCAAAAGAUAAACAACUAGCUGAGUAUUUACAGGAUUAUUCUACUAAAACACUAGAUACGAUAGGAAAGUUUGGAUAUGCUUUAUGGUUACAUGUUUCUGAAAUAUUUAACUUUACAAUUGAGGCUGGAGAGUUUACUGAAUGGAUGCCUAAUGAUACAAAUGGCCCAAUGAUAAGCGCACUAGGUAGAAGAGAGAUAGAUUUAGCAGGAAUACCUGCAUCAGUGACAGACGAUAGAUUAAAUUAUGUUUUUCCUCCAGCAACUCCAUGGUUAUUCAGUGCUUGUUUUGUCUUCCGAAAUCCUGAAUCCAAAAACAUUAAAGUAAAUCAAUUUCUAUCACCGUUUUCAACGGAAUGUUGGUACUUAACAGCAAUAAUGACACUUUUAGUAAGCGUUCUCUUUUCCAUCACAUUAACAUUGGAAAAUAUUGCUACCUGUUUGGAGCGUUACAAAAUAUCGUUAUUAACAACCUAUGGCACUAUCUGUCAACAAGGUUCCGAAUUUUGUCCAGAAAGUCCAGCUAGCAGGAUAGGUUUUUUGACAAUUGGAAUCUUCAGUCUUUUAACUUUUAAUUUUUAUUCAGCCUACUUAGUGUCUGCUCGAUUAAAUGAGCCAAUGAUAAAAAUGAAUGAUUCUCUAUAUUCUCUGUCUAAAAGUAAUUUAAAAGUUGCAUCGGAACCACUUAUUUAUCUUAACUUCUAUCUCAAGAGAGACGAUUGGGAAACAAAAAAGUUUUAUAAUAACAAAUGGCUUACAACACCAGAAUCAGAAAGAUUUUUAUUGCCGGAAGAAGGAAUCAACAAAGUAUUCGAAGGAGACUUUGCAUAUCAUUCAGAAACAGACAUUUUAUAUCCAUAUAUUGAAAAAUUAUUUGACAAUCAACGAAUUUGUGAACUUACAACUGUGCACAUGGUACAUCCUAGAUUAUUAGCUCUUUAUGUCAGCAAAGGAAGUCCAUUUACAGAAAUAACUAAAAUUGGAUUAGCAAAAUUGUAUGAUAUGGGUAUUCGACACAGACAGUUAAAAAGGUGGGCAGCUAGAGAACCUCAGUGUCAAAAAGAGCUGCUGGGUGUCAGUAGCAUAAAUAUAUAUGAAACCAUACCAACAUUACUAUUACUUAACUGUGGAGUUUUAUUUUCCUUCUUAAUUCUUUUGGUUGAGAUUUUACUAAAAUAAUAUAGACAACUAUAAGAAAGGAAAGUAUUUAAUAAACAUAAUGUCAUAUGUAGAAAAAUCAAAUUAUUAAUGUUAUAUUGUAU